AUUACUAUGCAACAAACUACAUGAAUCUAAAGCCUCGUUUUUGAUCUCGAUAAAUCUAACUGGGGUUAGAGGCAAGUGCGAAACGACAGAACCGGCAUCCUCGCUACUGUAACAAGCUAAUUCAAAACAAUGUGGGAUCAACUCGAACCUACACCACCUCAUGUGGCGUAUCUUACUAUCUCGAUAUUCCUGAUUGUCUAUGCGCUCCUGUCUCUAUUUAUUCGAAAUAAACUUCAUCUCUCAGAGCCUCCUUUGGCAGUUCUCUAUGGUAUCAUCUUAGGACCCAAUGUCCUCAAAGUCAUCGCGCCACGAGAAUGGGGCAUGAACGAUGAAAUAUUACAAGAGAUUACGCGAGUGAUAGUCGGGAUACAGUGUUUUGCAGUCGGUAUAGAACUGCCCAAGUUCUACUUUAAGCGGCAUGGGCUGUCGGUUCUCUAUUUCCUUGGCCCUGUCAUGGCAUUCUCGUGGGCUAUCACUGCCUUGUUCGCCUAUCUGAUAUUCAAAACUUCGAUUCCCACGGCGUUGAUCAUCGGAGCCUGCUUGUCGCCAACAGAUCCUGUACUUGCAGCAAGUGUACUCUCCAAGUCACGGUUCAGCCAGAGGGUGCCGAAGCGACUCAAGCAUUUGCUAUCUGCAGAAUCAGCUUCUAAUGAUGGGAUAUCUUUUCCAUUCCUCUAUAUCGGCCUUGUUGCACUUAAUUAUUCCAGCACAGGAGAAGCGGUCAAAGAAUGGUUUCUCAUCACCGUUCUGUGGCAGUGUGUUUUCGGCAUUACGAUAGGUCUGAUCAUCGGCAACGUGGCCAACAGACUUCUCAGAUUCUCCGAUACAAGAGGGUACAUUUCUCAGCCCUCAUUCGUCGUGUUCUACCUUCUUCUCGCUAUCCUCAGCAUUGGAGUUGGCUCUACACUCGGAAGCGAUGACUUCCUCGUAGCAUUCGGCGCAGGAGUAGGAUUUGCACACGACGGAUGGUUCUCCAAAAAGACUAGAGAACUUCCAUUUCCGACUAUCAUAGACCUCAUGCUCAACAGCAGCAUGUUCGUCUUCUUUGGCUCUAUCAUUCCAUGGAAUCGAUUCGUCCCUAGCGACGUAACGCCCAACUGCGGCAUCUGGCAACUGAUCCUCUUCCUCGUCCUGGUCCUCCUCUUCCGCCGCAUCCCAAUAGUGCUCGCCAUGAAACGCUUCAUACCAGACAUCAGAACUUACCGCGAGGCUCUCUUUUGCGGACACUUCGGUCCCAUGGGUGUCGGAGCGCUAUUCUUAGCCAUGGAAGCAAGAGCUGAGUUGGAGAACGACUCUUCCAUACCACUUGGUAAGCCCCGAAAGCUUGUUCCCCCGUACAGCGACAAAGAUAAAGCGAUAGAGUUACUGUGGCCAGUCAUUUGCUUUGUCGUAUUGGGGAGCACGUUCGUACAUGGGUUGAGUACGGUGGGAAUCAGUGUGAUAGGGCAUUUCGCGCGGGAUAAGGGGGAGAGAGCGCCCCUUUUGGGGCAGGAGACUGAUGCGUUGGAAGCGAUGGACCAUGAAGACGGAAAUGGGGAGAGUGAACCAGAGGUCAGCGGCAGUGAAAUCGAAUAGGCGCCUGACUGUCAAGUCGAGCGAUUUCGGGUUUGGAUCGCAUUGCGUUGUGUCGUAUUGGAAACUGAGGGCAUUCUAAAUCAACAUGAUGGAGAGCAGGAACUCGUCCACGACGUCGUACCACAUCUGUACAACCACCACGUUUGGGGUCUAUCGGACAUCAAUUUCUCCUGACGCUCACUUGUACGUCUUUCCGGCACAUCAUUUCCUCAGCUCGUGCUGCUCGCCCCAAGUCAACAUAGCGAUUCGACAAAACCCCAGACGCGUAAAUACCCGAAUAUCACAGCAACCAAGCAACCACGCAACCCUCUAUCAUCAUCGAUACAAAGCUCUCAGUCCUCCCGUCUCUGCCCGUCCCACGGAGUCAGAUAGACAAACGACGGAUGUAUGACACCGUGGCGUAUUGCAUCCAACAACAUAGAACACUUCCAAUGGCCGUGACAAGAUCAGACCGAUCACUUAAAGUAGUCUCGGCAGUUUGUGCUUUGUUGCGCUGUACACGUUUAGAACACACAAUGAUUAGAAUCAAGUUUCAUUCUAAAAAUGUAGGUGUGGCACCAGUAAACAAGUAAAUAAUGGUAUAAUCGAUGUACGCGGUGUUGCAAAGAGUGUCUAAGGUAGAAGAACCCUCCCCAAAUAGCGCCCGUAUGAAAUCCACAUUGAUGUUCCAUAAGCUCGGAUCAUUUCCAGCUCAGCGGAUGUUUCACCGGCAAUAGUAAACAAUGACCUGAGCAACGGCCAUCAUUCUCCACAACAAAUGUCCAUAAAUAAUCCACAAAAAAGAUAAAAAAGAAAUCCAUACGACAGCAGGUAUUCGCUGGUGGUCACCCACCCAACUACUAAUCUGCCGAUCUGGUGCUUAUGUAUGGCAGAGCGGACGGGAUGCCCAGUUCUCACCAGUCUAUGGUCGUAUGUGGCAGAUUGACUAUUGUUUGGAUAUAGAUAGGGCUUAGAAGUUUGCCAGUAGAAUUGAAAUCUACUUGUGGAAAGACUUCUUGUCACAUCAACAUGAACCGCGGAGUGCAGAUGGGUAAUAAUGAGCUGUCGAGGCAACUAGAGUGUUGUUCUGGAGUCGGUUCGUUCUCCUUGUCUUCCGAGGCGUAAUAAUCAAGGAAGGAUUUGCGCGCUUGGAGGAGCUCCGUUUAGAGGACGAGAUUACGCGGGAAGGAGAACUUUAAAAAAUGCAUUUCCGCUGGAGCUUGUAGGUUGGUUAAAGGAGUUCGACUCUAGAGUCAUCCCAUCUCGUUUCUGAAGCAGAGACGGUAUCUUCGAUUGUAAUAGUGUCUUUGAGCUCCAGUCGACAGGGCUGGUAAGACUGCGUGUGAGACGAUUGUAAGAUCAAGAGGAGAAAAGAAGAAGUGAGUUGGGAAAAAGAUACGAUGCCUGCUCUUUGCUGCGCUAGUAACAGUUUUGGCUGAGAUCUAGGACAGAAGCUUCGAUCAAUUGAUAUAUACUACCUACUUCGUACAGUACCUACCUUAUUUGAUUCCAC